AUGGACAGCAAAGGGAAGACAGCGAGGGUAGCGCCAGGCGACCUGCAAGUCAUUGGAGCAGGUCUGCCUCGUACGGGAACAACGUCGUUGUACACGGCUCUGGAAAUGCUUGGCUACGACCGAUGUCAUCACUUCAAGAACAGUAUCGGUGGGAACUGGUUUCCGUACACCCAGUCGAGACAAUGGCAAAAAGCAAUGCAGACCGACGAUGCCGCAACCAGAAGGAAGAUCAUCAAGCAGAUCUACAGAGACGCGGGCUGCCGCAGUGCUGUCGACUAUCCCUCGUCUGCGUUCAUAAGUGAUCUGGUCGAGAUCUAUCCAGAUGCGAAGUUUGUACAUAGCGUACGGUCUUCGCCGCUGGCGUGGCGGAAGAGCUGGAAUAGCACCCUCGACCAGAUAUACGGUCGAAUGAUGUAUUGGUCGUGCUUCCUCAUACCUCACAUGCAAUGGGCGCUCUUUCCAACCAUGUACGGGUUCCUGACGUGGGACGAGAAGAGAUUGGGUACCACACUGAACGGCGCGGACGACGACAUCACCAUGUACGAGCGCCACAACGAGUACGUCCGCAAAGUCGUGCCCAAAGAUCGUUUACUGGAGUUCGAGCCGAAGAUGGGCUUUGGACCGCUGUGCAAGUUCCUGGAGGUACCAAUCCCGACGGACGACCAGGGCAACGAACUGCCGUAUCCGCAUGUGAACGAUACGAACGAACUCCAGAAAGGCAUCAAGGUCCUCCGGUUGGUCGGGCUCGUCCACUGGGCUUUGCUGGGUGGCGCGGUCUGGGGGACAGGUAAAGCAUCAGGGUGGUGGUAG